AUGGCCGCAGCGAAGGUGGCUCUUCUGAAGGAGCUGGAAGAGACUGGGGCUACGUUGACGGACCCAGAAGACGGCGCAAGCGAUCAAGAUGAAUCGCCGACGGUACCAAUCAGACGGCAAAGGUCCAGGCAGAGACUGCACAAAUGGGAGGACCUGAAGACGGUGUGGAAUCCGGUGUCCGUGACGUCUAUCCGGCCGCGCCGCGCCAAACGCCAUGGCAGGCGAGAGUGGUUAGUCGGCGCAGCGUACACGCUCAGCCUGUUAAUGAUGGCGGCGACAAUCGCUCUUAUGCUUCGCGCCAGGCAGCAGCCUCGGCACGUCGAGCUCAUCCGAGGGCGGCGCCUGGUCCGGGAAGUUCGCUCGGCCUUUGCGGAAAGCUCGGACAUCCGAGCCGUUCAAGUGAUGGCUCAGGGCGCCGAGAGUUUGGCGCAGCUGUACGAGCACUUGCAAGCGCGCACGCCGGAAAGGAAGACCCUAGUCGCUGUCGAAACCUACCUGAAUAUAGCGCUAAACGUCCGGAAGAUCGUAGAUAUGGAGAGGAACUUGAAACUCAUUCAAUUUGAAAUGACGCAGUUCCUUGAAAGGGAGAGUCGUGAACUGCUCACUUCCUUGCAAUUCGGAAAAGAACCGGAACAUGCUCAACGGGAUACGGAAACGAGGCUCGAAUCAGACUACGGGUUGAACGAUCCGAGACAAUCGCCGCAGUACGUGCACUGGCGCGACCGUGCGGAUAAACUCUUGGACGAGCUGACAGGCCUGUAUGCGAAAAAUGCGGAACUGUAUACGCAUAUGAACGCCGAGCUUUCAAGAUAUGCGCCGCACCGUGCGCAAAAGUACCUGGAACUGCAGUCUGUUCUCAGUGUCGGCGGCGUGGAUAUCGCGACGACUGCGCAAGAAGUGUUGCGCAGCACCGGUUACUUGCCACUUUUCAGGGGAACGGAGGAACUCCAAGCAGAUUUUGCAAAGGCGACUGAUCGUGAGCGACAGAGGACUACCUGGCAAAACCUUUUCGUGAGGGGGUCCAAACCUGCCAGCGAACUGACGAUAUCGACAGAAGUGUCCCGUCUGGCAAGACAAGUGGACAGACUCAUGGCGAUGCAACGACGCAGUGCACGCAUCCAAAAGGAAGUGGGCCUACCCGGGGUUCUCAGAGGCUGGUGGCUGGUCAAUGUGCCCGGCAACAUCGUAGGACACGAACUGAAGCUUGCCAGCGAGACCCACCUGGCGCUUUUGCAGAAAGAUAAAGAAAAGAAAACAGAGCGUUCUUAA